AUGGAUGAUGUCAACUUAUCAGACUUUGUUCCCGUCAUCAGGCAAAUACUUUAUGAUUCAAAUCUUGAUUCAAUUACUGCUAGGGAAGUACGACGGGAGCUGGAAAAGAAGUAUGAUUUAGAUCUUACACCUCGCAAGCAAGAAGUACAACGUCUCGUUGAACAGUGUUUUGAUGAUUUAAGUAAUUCUGAUGAAAUAUAUGAACCAGUAGAAUUCAAAUCGCCUAAAAAACAAAAGAAACAUAGCAAUCAUUCUGAAGAAAAAACGAAAAAAUCAUCUGAUAAAUCUUCAAGGAAAAUUCUUAAAACUAAAGGUAGGCCUUCUAAAACGCAAGUUAAAACUCAAGAAUCCGAUUAUUAUUCGUCCCUGGAGGACGAUUUCCCACCACAAAAAAAGAGACGUGGUCGGAAACCAAAAGUUUCUUCGAAAGUAGAAUCAUCUGAUGCUGAAUACGAAAAGAGAUUUGAGGAAGAAUUGAAUGGAGCGAAUGUGAAAAAAUCAAAAGCAAGAAAUAGUGGUUCCACCACUAAAAAGAAAUCGAGUAAACGAAAAAAGAGGGACGAGGAAGAACAGGACGGUGAAGAACCAAAGAAAAGAAAAAAAGGCAAUACCGGAAUCCAUAAGCCUUUGAUAUUAAGUCAGGUUUUGGCAGAAUUUUUACAAGCUGAGGAGAUGUCACGACUUGAAGUAGUUAAACGUCUUUGGGCAUAUAUCAAGGAAAAUGAGCUCCAGGAUCCCUCUGAUAAGCGAUUUAUCGUUUGUGAUGAUAGAUUAAUGACCAUAUUUAACCAGGAUAGAAUCCAUAGUUUUACAAUGAAUAAAUUUUUGACAGUUCACCUAAAAAAGAAAGAAAUAUCAUCCGAUGGAAAUGUUAAAAAUAUCAAUGGAACAUCUAAAAAUUAUCGUAAAAAUGAAACUUCGAGUAGUGUAAGUGGAUAUAAUGACGAUGACGAUGAUGAUCAAGUUAAAAUAGAACCCCAGGAUUAUGUUAAGGUUAAAACGGAAUCCAAGGAGGAUUAUGUGAAGGUAAAAACGGAACCCAAGGAGGAUUAUGUUAAGGUUAAAAUGGAACCUCAGGAGUAUGAUGUUAAGGUGAAAAUGGAACCUCAGGAGUAUGAUGUUAAGAUGUUUUUCUCAGAUAAUAGUUAA